AUGUCUGUAAGUUUGGAUCGUAUAGAAUAUGAAAAUGCUUUAUUGAUGACUGGUCAGCUUCACAUAGUUCAUGGAAAGGAUUUAAAAGAUGAAGGAAAAUUGGAAGAAGCCCUGAAACAAUAUGAGUUAGGCAGAAGCUUCAUUGAUCAAUAUGCUCAGAUGAAAGAUUUAAUUACUAACUCAUCUAUCACACCAGGAACAUUGGUAACAUUGAUGGGUGUUUUACAAGUUUAUGAAUCAAUGAAACGUAGUGAUGACGAUGUGGAUUUGAUAACAAAAUGUAUAAAUAAUUUGGAAAGUGAAAAUAUGGAAAUUCCAGAGGAAAUACUAAUGGGAGAUCCUAUCUUGACCUCGAGAUUAUAUUUACCUCGUAGGUGUGUGUGUUCUAACCUUAAAAUAGUAUUUAACAUGUAGCAGUUUCUUUAUCUAUGCUUACUGUAUAGGAUUUUAAACGUAACUUUAUGCUGUUAUAUCCAGUACAUUUCAUUGUUCGCC